AUGGAGGACGAACUCGCCACGUACAAACUUCAAUUGCAGCAGGUCGAGGCCGCACUGCUCGGCGACCCGAACAAUCCGGAAUUGCACAAAUUGAAAGAAGAUUUGGGCGAAAUUAUUGCUCUGCAGGUAGAUUUUCGUUGAGAUUCGCCAAUUAUUCACAAAAAUCGAUAUUUCAGGAGGAGCUGACCGAGAAAGAAAAGGCGGAAUCGGCGGAAAAGUCGGUCGUUACGCCGCAAGUGAUUCACAAGUGGACAGUGAGUGAAAAUCAAUAUUUUUCUGAUAUUGUUCAACAAAAAACCAAUUGUUCAGGUUGGAGAACGUGUAAUCGCCCCGCAUCCGGACGGUAAAAAGGUUUUUGCCAGAAUCGACUCGUUGACGCCUGCCGGUGUUGCCAUUACCUUCACUUGUGCGUUUUUUUUUCGUCAAAAUGACAUUUGCUCCUAAAAUUGAGGAAGAGUUGAACUUCUCUCGAAAAAAACGUGGAAACAUCGCAUUAUUGUGUAAAAUACCCUAAAAAUGUGCUGCUAGGCAUGUUUUCAAUUUUCCGCAAACAGCUUCUAGAAACACUCAAAAUUGAGCGAAAAUGCAUUGUUGUUCAUAGCAAAACCUUAAAUUUCAGCAACGGGAACAAAAACGAUCGUGGAUCCGUCAGAUCUGCAACUUCCGCCGGAGAAUCAGCGUAAAAACUACGCGUUCGACAACCAGAAAUCGGCGGCGGGUCCGUCGAAUCAGCACGGAAAAAAGGAGUGGCAGGCGGAGAAGGAGCGACGACGACAGAAGGCACUCAAGAAGCAGAUGAAGCAGAAGGAGCUGGAUGCGAUCAAGGACGGCGAAAAGAAGAGCUGGCAGAAGUUCAACACGAAGGCGAGCGCGAAGGGACUGAAGGGAAUGAAGAAGGUCUCGGCGACAGGAUCGAGUCAGGACGGAUCGGCGGCCGGCGACAAGCGUGGCACCGUCGUCAGCUCGCGGACAAGCCAGUUCUCGUUCAAAGCCACGCGCGGAGCCAUGGACUCGCUCUUCUGA